AUGUCGGCAGAAGAGGCGUUGGAGGAGAGUUUCGGCCGGUUGUCAUUCCCAGAGGAAGAAGAAGAAGAAGAAGAGGGUGUGAUCGACAUUUACCUGUCCAGCCUUACCUGGUGUUCUCUCGCUGUACAUGUCGGCCGUCGAGUACCAACUGUUAUAGGGCAUUAAACACUGGCUUCACUUCGUAGUAAGACGGAGAAGGCUUUAAAGGAUGCUAAGCGGAUCCUGACUCGUGGCGCCAACAUGAGUGUGACAUCAUGGUUCCUGGUCAGCAGCUCUGGCACACGCCACCGCUUGCCACGGGAGAUGAUCUUUGUUGGCAGGGAUGACUGCGAACUAAUGCUGCAGUCUCGCAGCGUGGACAAACAGCACGCAGUGAUCAACUACGACCCGAACACAGACGAGCACAUGGUGAAGGACCUGGGCAGCCUGAACGGGACGUUUGUGAAUGACCUCAGGAUCCCCGACCAGACGUACAUCACCCUCAAGCUCUCUGAUGUCAUUCGCUUCGGCUAUGAUGCACAUGUAUAUAUCCUGGAGAGGAGUCAACACAAGGUCCCAGAGGAAGCACUUAAACAUGAGAAGUACACCAGCCAGUUGCAGCUUAGUAUAAAAGUUCUGCAGGCCAAGGCAAAGGAAAAACAGCAGCUCCAGAGCUCAGAGAAGAGCAAAGGAUCUGUUUCCAAACUGCAGGACCGGGCUGAGCGAAGAGCCCAGUCUCUCACAGCUGCCACAGAUUCGCCGAUAUCCAAGCCGACUCCUCUUUAUGGCCAACCAUCCUGGUGGGGGGAGGAUGAGGACGCAGCCAACAGAAAAAAGAACAGAGGUGGAAAAUCUCCAGAACAGGAGUCUCCAGAGCAUUCUAAAGACCUGUCUAGAUUUGAGGUCAACGGUUCUCUGUCCGACAGUCAUGCCAAGUCCAUCUUCUCUUACCGCCGGGAGCCCAGCUACUUUGAGAUCCCAACAAAGGAAUUACAUCAGCGACCUGCCAAGAAACCCGAGUUGCAGGUUCACGAGGUCCCUACAAAGGACACUCCAGAUCCCACUGAGGAUGUCUCCUACACCCCCACGCCUCCUGUGGUCCAAAGCCACGCCUCCUUCACCAUCGAAUUUGAUGAAUGCACGCCAGGUAAAAUGAAGAUAAAGGACCACGUGACCAAGUUUUCCUUCCGCCAGCAGCAGCAGCAGCAGCAGCAGCAGAAGCAACCUUCCAUAGAGCUCGUAACCACACCCACUGAAGUGAUGUCAGCAGAAAGCAAAGUUGCUGAUUGGCUGGUCCAAAGCAAUGCAAGCAUGAUGAGCAGGAGGAGAUCACAGGUGGAAGACAUGUAUAGCACAAACAGUGACCCGUCACUUCUGAAGAGCACCAAUACAAACCACCAUGAAGAUGGCAAUCAGAGUGAUUCAGGGGAUCCUGAAAUCAAUGGAAGUGAUUUCCUCCAAUCAGAACCUCAGAUUGGGUCCCAGGUUUCUCCACAACCUUUAAGAGCUUCCCCGCCACAACGAUUCACCUCUCCCGACUCUGAGGAGCCCUUGUCCUACUCUCCGCCAGAAUCUCAGUCCCUAUCCAGUCUUGGGAAGUCUGAGCCUCACCAAGCCUUUGUCAUUGAAUUCUUUGAUGAUAACCCAAGAAAGAAGCGCUCCCAGUCCUUCACCAAUAACUCAUCUCCACCUGAGCCCUCGGGCCUCAGGGUCCAGCUGGACAAGGUGAGAAAAAGCUCAAGCCCAAAUGGGGAGAGACAUGUCCCAUGUCCAGCCUCCACCACACCCCCAACCCAACGAUACACUGUCCCCCUGAAGGGCCCUGCUUCCACAGGCUUCCAAAGAGCUGGUUCUCUGCGAAGGGAGAAGACAGAGGAUCGGAUCAGCACCAGCUUUUCCUCUCGCUCUUCUUCAUCGGUGUCUGUGAGGCCCUUUAGUAGUGUGGGCCGAAGGUCCAAACUUGCCCAGGAAUUUACUGCAGAAUUUCUCAAACAAUCAAAGCAGUCCACCUCUGCCAGCUGGGAGAAAAAUACAUCCAGUCCCCCUACAGCAGCUAAAACGGAGAUAGCGGGUGUAUCCCAGACUAGUCCCUCUCCAAAUAAAGCUCCCUACCAGCCACAGACCUCCUCUCCGAUCCACCAGCCUGUUCCCCUCAAGGCUCCAGUGAUGCCCAUGGCGUCUCAGAGUGGGGAGGUCAAGAGCCCCCAUGUCGGCCCCAGGAACGAAGAGGAGGACAGUCUGAGUGACGCAGGAACCUACACCAUUGAAGCAGACAUUCAAGACAGAGAGCUAGAAGAGGCAAGGAGCAAGAUUGACCAGGUGUUUGGUGUUUUUGAGAGCCCAGAUCGAACCAACCAGAGUGAAGCAGAACCCUCAUCAGCAUUUAGCCCUCUUAUUGUUGAGAGCAGGGAGCAGCAUAGGCAGAGUAGCUGUGGGGAGGUGAAGCCAGCUCCAGAACAGGGACAGAGUCUGGUGAAGGGCCAGUCAGCAGGUGCAGUGUUACAGGGGGCUCCAAAGUGGAUGUCUUGCUGGGCCAGCUUGGCAGACAGCUACACAGAAUCUGGCCCUUCGUCUGGCCUCUUUGACAUUCCUACGCAGAUGGAGCUGUCAGGAGGGGCAGGAGGUACAAUCAUCCACAAGGCCACGCUCAGCCGACACCACAACAGCACCGACUCGGAUGGUUCGAGGGCUCGGCGCGUCCUGCCCCAGGUACCGCCGGGGGAGAAGAGUGACAUUCCAACUCCCAGCAUUCAUGUUCAUUAUGACCCACAUUCAACUUUUGACGUAGUGGAGAAUAGCUCGGUGGCCCCGGGGUCUCAGGACAGCCUUCACCGGUUAUCAGUGCAGGACGACGUAGAGCCUGACAGCCUGAGUGACGCCAGCAAGUCAGACGAUGGUUCCAUCAUAGAGAAAAGGAGGAGGCCGCUGUCGGAUACAGAAGAGAAGAAAAAUGUAGACAGACUCUCAGCCAAGUCUACAUCAUUCUACAUCGGGUCAGAGGAAUCCCAACCUGAAUGUGGGGGGUCAAACUCAAGCACUCCCAAGACUGAAAUAAAACACACAACCAAAAUGUUCUCAACAGCCACCCUGACCAAACAGAGAGGUAACCAAGACUCUGGAAAAGUCAAGCCCAGUGUCUCGGCUCCUACCUUGAGACAGAGUGCACAGAGUCCAGAGUCCAGAGACGGGACUGUAUCCCCAUUAAUCAGGCAAGAGAGCUUCACCAAGGAGCGGCCUAGCAAUGCCAGAUUACCCAACAUCUCUAGCCUGUCUAGUCAGAGAGGCCCAGAUGGGGAAUCAUUCCAGGCAGCCUGCCAUCAGGACACUCACUCUUACCUCAAAGAGACAGAGGAUGUUCUGGCUGUUCUGGAGGCCAAACUCCAAGCAGGACAAUCGGAAAAAACCCGGUCUCCAAUUAUGGACUCUCUUUCUGCGGAGUCUGAUGUUGAUACCUCCAGCACAGUCAGCCAACAAAGCAAUAAGACCAGGCCAAACACACUGAGUAAGAAACCUUCUGUUAGUCUCCAUAGGGAGAGGUCUUCAGCCAGUAUAGCUAGUCAGGACUCAAGUCAACAGUCCGCUUCAUCAGAAAAACGGCGCCCUCAGGGAGCAGAGAGCAACAAUAAGACUGAGUCUGUCAGGAGGCCGGUUGGACUGAGACGUAGCAUUGGGAAACGUGGCUCCACAGACCUAAGUGAUGACCCUCAGAGUUUACCUUACUCUGAUCAGGAGUCUAACAACCAUCAAACCCGCAAAAAAUACACAGUGCCCCUUCAGAAAGAGGACGCCAAGACCACUAGAGUGUCCCAGGCCUUGAAUCGUGCCAACAGCUUGUCAGCCCCAAGACCCACCAGAACAUCCAUGCUGCGCCGGGCUCGCCUGGGAGAAGCUUCAGACAACGAGGGCACAGAGACAGAGCGGGCGUCCCAGGAGGCAGGCAAUCCCCUGGCUAAGCAACCCCAGGAAACCAAGAAACUCUCCAGGCUGGAUAUGCUAGCGAUGCCUCGCAAGCGGACAAGCUCGUUCAACACACCCAGCGACACCGAGGCCUCUUCCGCACUGCAGGGGACUGGUAGGAGCACAGGAUUCUCCAACCGCAGCACAGAGUCCGGAGGCAGCUCCGUUCGAAGGGCCUCUGGUCCGAAGAUUGUAGACAAGCUGCAGAAGGCACCGAUCAACAAGACACCAAUCAAUCGUGGACGCUCAAGUAGCGCCAAAUAUACCAGCAGCACCACAAGCUCCCGGAGGCGACAAAAAGGCUCUGACUAUACCUCUACCUCAGACGAAGAGUACGAUUCAAACCAGAGCACUCCUAAACACAAACGCUCCCAACCUUCCUCAGCUUCCAACAGCCCGCGGCAUCAGCCUCGGCCUCAGCCGGUGGUCGCCCUGCGCCCGAAACCUCGCAGCAGAGAUUCUGAAGAGGAGAACCACGAGGGAGACGCCUAUCAAAACUGGUCCAACCACAGUUCAGAGAUUGCACGGUUGAGUCAAGACCUGGCUAAAGAUCUGGCUAUCUUGGCCAGAGAGAUCCAUGAUGUGGCAGGUGAUGGUGAACCACAAAACCCAGAAGGCGAGAGCAGUGCACCUGUCUCCACAGUGACCACUCAUGAACAGCUGGUUCAUCGUAUUCCAGAGGCGGGAUUAAACUACCAGAGAGUCCCACCAAGUUCUGCAUCUAUGAGGGAACCUGACCAGAGCUCAAGUGACCAAGAACAAGUGUCUAGACCGCGAGCUCGCAGCAGAGAUGACAUCAUUGUGGACAAUCUGAUGCUGAAUCCAGUGUCUCAGAUCACCAUGGCCAUCAGAGAAAACACUGAGCAACUUGCUGACAAAAUGAAGGUACUGUUCCAGGACAGGAUGGAUAUCUGGGAAGAAAUUGAGGCCAAGGUUAAUUCCGACAAUGAUGUCCCUGUUGUCAAAACCUCCAACAAGGAAAUCACGUCAAUCUUGAAGGAACUCCGGAGAGUUCAACGACAACUUGAGGUCAUUAACACAGUCAUGGAGCCCAGUGGGCAGCCAGAAGCAUUCAGGGCCUCUGUGGUCUCCUCCUCAUCUGGCACCCGGCCCUCCAGACCUCCUGCCUCACGAGACUGGAGAACAACCCACUCUGUCUCCAAACGCGGCGGCGGCCCGAGGCCCAGUGAGAGCGUGAGGAGAGCAGCUGUGACGCCGGACGAUCUCAGAACAGGUUAUUUGGUUUGAGGUGUGAAGUGAUCAGAGCCAGGUGUCCAACCAUCGUACACACAAUGAAACCAAGAGGGAGGGAAGUGAGACUGUAGCCUCCCGUACAUCCAAACCUACACACUACUGCACUAUGAGCACUACACACCUUCACAGUGACACCUGAACUAAACACUCGUAGAGGCCUACAUAAGAGGUGAAGAUUUAAGGAAGUACCAAAAAUACUUCAAUAAACCUCACCUCCAAACUAUACUUGAUUCUCUGUGUUAGAGGCCGACCUCUUUAUUUGCCAAUGAUAUGACCAACAUUGCUGAUUUUAAAAAGCUCAUUGUAUUUACAUGUUUAUUUGAAAACCAGCCUGAGCAUAAUCAUCUCAGGGAAAACUACUAAUAUAUAUAUAUAUAUAUAUAUAUAUAUAUAUAUAAGAUGUCUAUGUUUAGUGACAAAUCACAUUUAUGAGGAAAUAUGGUUUUGUUUUGGCUGGAAAGAACUGCAGUAACAGCAGCAGAUCUCAGCGUAUCCUCAGUAAACCCACUGCUUUCCCUUUAUAUAUUCCCCUCCGUGUUCUUGUCUGUUUUUUCUCUUGGUGGACCAGAUUUAUCGAAGAAUGUAAAAAGUAUUUAUUAGGGCUCUUUUGUGAGCCGAGACAACAUGACUUUCAGUGAGUUGGUAGACUCUAGUGUCAGACCAAUUCAUGUUAUAUUACACAGUUGCUACCAGCCAAUUUCUUGAGUAUUUAUUCUGUUAACAUUUCCCAGUGGAGCAACUCUGCCCAGGCGCUCCUAAGUAGAUGGACACUAUAUAUUUUGUCCAGCCGGAGAUGAAAAUCUCUCUGGAAUGCGUGGCCUCAGUUAAGUCACCUGGCAGCCAUGAACUCAAGUGGCUAUAAAACAAGAUUUUUUGAGCAUUCCUGGCCUCUGUUGUUGUUUUCCGUGCCUGAAGAGCACAGUCAGUUCUGAGGUUUGGCCAAAGAUAAUCAUAAAACAACUGACAGGAAUGAGUCUUCUUUAUCACACCAUAUCUUAACCUCCAUAUGCUUAAAGGGAUAGUUUGUUAAUCAGUGUUGAAUGAUGUUCUUAUCCAUAGCCAAUCAGUGUUUACCUACAGUAGAUGACGGUCAAAACAUCCCUUGUUUGGAGAAGCAGGCAGGAUCACCGGCAUGCAAGCUGAGCAAUAUAUAGUUUGUACAAUGUAUUAAACCAUAGACUGUGAGUUUAAAUAUACUCUAAGUAUUUUUCACUUUACCUUGCUGUCAGAUGGCACUUUUCCAAUGGGGAACCACGCUCUCUUCAAAGCAUCCAGACUCCUUUGACAGAAAUACUAAUCUGCCUUGAUCUGUUAGUUUGUUUAAAUUAUUUUGUGACUUUGGUGAAUAGAAACUAAACCUUUAAAAAGUCACACAAUGAAUGAAUGAAUGAAUGAAUAAAAUAUCUUUAUUUCAAACAUGUUUUAAAACAAAGCAAAUAGGCCUUACGACUAAGUGCAAUGAUGUAAUGAUCUUAAAAAAGGAAAGCCUGUGUGAAACCUUGUUGUCAGUCUCAAUAAACAAACUCUCCAGGCACUUAAAUCUAAAUAGUUCAUGUUUGAUAAAACAACCUAACUGAUCAUGGCAGAAGACCAGCAAAUCCUGUGUUCUGCGGUGUAAACUGUGAGGUACUGUCCUAAUAACUGGAACCUGCAUCUCAAAACUCACCGAUCGCCAUCUACUGUAGGUAAUAAACUGACUAUGGAUAAGUACCUCAUACAACUACAUUACACACAAAAAACUACCUCUUUAAGAGCUGUUGGAGUUGUGGUAAGAUGUUAUAUUUCCUCUCUCUUUAGUCACAAGGUUGUUUUCGCUGGGUCCUCACAUGACAGGAGAAGAAAUGUAAAUUUAGCAUUAAAAGUUGACAAAGUCGAGUGUGUGACUGUAAAUCUGAUUAUUUUGUUUGUGUUCUGUAUGUAAAUAUCGAAAGAUAUCCGUAUGGCAUACAAAAUACCUCUCAAUCUUGUCUUUUGCACUAAUGUAGUACAACACUAUCCCCUCGACCUGAUAUGCUGCAAACUGAAAGUUACUCUCCUGCAAAAGAUUGUAAACAUUUGAUGCUGUUGAGGUUAAAGCAGGAGAUAAGGGCGACCAAGUGCACCAGCAACUUUCUGUUUCCCUCUUCACUGUCCAGAUUGUACUUGUGAUUUAAAAUUUGGAAGUACCUUUAAGUGCCACAGAGCAUUUGUGGGACAGUGUUUACAAACUCGCACAAAAAUUGAAUGUUUGUCCUAUUAUCUUCACUUGCUAAAAAGUGUUGCUGCUAUUCUUCUAUGGUAUCUUUUUUCUUUUUACUCCCUCUAAAGCUAUAGCAGGUUUGAGAGCUGCAAUGUAAUUCUUGUUUGUCAAAUAUGUGUCCUUUUUUGAUGUUCUAUUUCUGUUUCCCCUCCUUUCACCCAGAAUGAUUUGGUUGUAAUCUUGCUGUCUUGUUGGCUGGUAUUUAUGUUGUGUAAUUUGUUAGAUGAUGAUUGCAGGAUUUUUCAAAUAAAUUUCAUUAGUAAAGUUGU